GGGAAUCUUUGCCAUUGUGCAUGAUAGUCCAAUAAGAGAUUUCUCGUUAUUAGACAGAACUGGUGGCAUUCACUGUGGUAAAUGCAUAGGUACUUGAGUGAAUAGUGAAUGCUUAAAUCUAUCAGCAAGUUGCAAUUUACUUAUUAGAAAAACUUUAAAUCAAACUAUGAGAGCAGGUGUACCAUAGCUAAUAAAUACAUUGUUGGCAAUGGGGGAAGCUGUGGAAAGAAAUAAAGACCUGCAACUAACAAUCACAGCAACACUUUUUGGUUCUGGAAUGAGGUGGUGGCUGGAUAAUAAACACCGGUAUUGUUUGCGAUGGCGGGGAAGGCAAGCAGAGAGUGGAAAGUUUUUCCACUCGUGAAAUCGAAGGAAGAAAAGAAGAGGACAAUUAUUGUAGGCUUAAAGUCAGAUAACUAUAGCAGAGAAAUGCUCCUGCGUUUUCUCCAUAAAGUUGUCAAUCCAAGGGAUAAUGUGCUUGCUAUACAUGUUCAAGAACCAUCUGAUACUUUCGAUCCAAACACCUUCUAUAUCCAUGAAGAUAUCUGCAAGGCCAAGCAGGUCGAUUUCCUAGUUAAGGUUUGCAAUGGGGACUCCUACAUUUCAGAAUUAGGCUAUCAAGUACGCGUCAACUAUGCAACAAUCCUAGCAGUUGGACGCAGCCUUUCAGGGAUCAGACAAUCAGUCGUCAAUGAUUGCUUAAAAGAGUUGCCCCCAACUUGCAGCUUUCUGGUGAUGGAUAAGUCUGGAAAAAUCGCACUCCAGAGGCAAGGUACCUCUCAACAAGGCUCGAUUUAUGCACUCUUUCGACAUCCUCUAUCGUCUUCAUCAAAAAAAAGUUACUUUCAUCAACAGAGAGCUGCCUCCCAGUUACGAAAAUCAUUGACUGUGCCAUCUUCCUCAACAGCAUCAUCAAUACAGCAAACAGAUAUUACAGCUAGGAACAAUAUCAGGAAGGCAGUCCAGGUUCCAGACUUUUGGGCAGAAAAGGUGUCUCAUGGAUUGCUUAUCCUGGAAGCUAAGGGACUUGUCAAGCAUUUCAAAUUUCAAGAGCUCAAUUUAGCUACUAAUAAUUUCAGCCCUGAAAUGGUGAUUGGAGUAGGUGGGCACAGUAAAGUGUAUCGAGCCAACCUCGUGGAUGGUCAGGCUGUAGCUGUGAAAAUCCUGAAAGAAACACAUUUUCCAGCUGAGGAUCUUCUCCACGAAGUGCGGAUUCUAUCUGACGUAAAACAUGAGAACAUAAUCCAGAUAAUUGGGUACUGCUACAGUAAGGAGAUGCAUGCAAUUGUAUAUAAUCUACUAAUAGGUAGUUUAAAGCAAAAUUUGAGACAACUCAAGUGGAAUGAGCGGAUGGGAGUUGCCGUUGGUGUAGCACAGGCACUUGAAUACCUUCAUCAUUCUUUCAACCCUCCAAUAAUUCAUAGAGAUGUGAAGUCAUCUAACAUCCUCCUCUCUGGCACUUGCCAGCCUCAACUUUCAGAUUUUGGAGCAGCAAUGGUAAACCAACCAUCAAAACAAAAUUCAGCAAGCACAAAGCCAUUCAAAGUUGUUGGGACUUUUGGAUACUUGGCUCCAGAGUACAUGAUGUAUGGGAAAGUGGAUGAGAAGGUUGAUGUUUACUCAUAUGGGGUUGUACUCCUGGAACUUAUCACUGGGCAGGAGGCUAUUCAAACAAACGAGGCAAAUCAUGAAAGCUUAGUUCUAUGGGCAAGGUCUUUACUAAACUCUGGUCUAUGUGAACGUCUCAUUGAUCCCCACCUUAGUGGAGACUACAAGAGAGAAGAGAUGGAAAUCAUGAUUUCUGUAGCACGCCUUUGCCUUGUACACUCAUCUUCUAGGAGGCCAACGAUGAAAAUGGAGGCUAAAAUCCCUAACAAGGAUUGCAAUGUUGCUCUGUUUGAGCAGAUAUUGAGGCUAUUUCAGGAGCCAGAAUACUGGUUAAAUAUGCAGAGGGAGAGAGACAAGCUCCUCAACGCUAAGUCCGAAGAAGAAAAGUUCACCUGGAGAAUGGACGACUCCACCUCGACUGUCAAAAGUACUCUGCCCGUGGAUGAUUCAUACCAUGAAAUAUUGCCAUCUGAAGCACCGGAUUAGCUAGCAUCAAAUAUCUCAGUCACCGCGAAAUCAUUUCCAAGUUGGUUCUCCUAGUAAAGAGUGCUUCAGCUGAUAUCAAAGUUCUUAUCACAGAGAAAGCAUCCAAGCUGCUGUAAUAUAAAUAUAUGCUUUACAAACUCCUCACCAUAUUUAUCAGAUAUGUACUUCCACUCAAGGAAAAUGGAAAGACAACGUCAAUGAGCCCAAUCCUAGCAAGGCUUAUAAUUGAGCCCAUAUGUAUCUCAUACAGAAAUUUAAACCAAGAUCCAUACUCUCUGAGUGUAGGCCCAAUUUGGUUAAUAUCAGCCUAGUCUAGUAUAAUAAAGGUCCAGUUCAUCACUA